AUGGAGAAAUUCCUCCGCAGUUGGCGGCAAGAUGCUUUGAAUAGAGGACAGAACGACUCUGCUGUCUAUAUUGGGGACAAGGUCCUGGCAUUGACAAACAGCGAUGCCGACGCCUUCUGGCUUGCACAAGUGCAUUUCAACAAUAAUAACUUUACUCGAGCGCUAGCUUUACUUUCCCGAAAAGACCUUAUAUCACGCAGUACAUCAUGUAAAUAUCUCGCGGCUCAUUGUUAUAUCAAACAGAAUAAAUUCGAAGCUGCGCUUAACGUUCUCGGAGACCAGAAUCCAACACAUCUUAUCAAUGCGGCAGGUCACAGUCGGCGCAAAAUACAACAUUUAAACGGCCAUAGUCAUGUCACACUCAGAAAUGGAAAAACGGCGGCAUCAAGGUCGGAUCGCGCUGAUAGAAAUGAAGAGCGAGAGCGAGAAGAUGCCAAUAAUCUACGGUUUGAAGCUGCCAUGUGUUAUUUACGCGGGCUCUGUUAUGCGAAACAAAAUGCAUUCGACCGCGCACGUGACUGCUAUAAAGAUGCUGUUCGAAUUGAUAUCCAGUGUUUUGAGGCCUUUGAUCAACUUAUGAAGAAUUCGCUCAUGUCUCCGGCCGAAGAGCUAGAAUUUUUGGAAUCAUUAGAUUUCGACUCUGUCACUAUACCCUCCGACCCAUCUAAAUCUCAAGAAGCUGCACAUUUUGUGAAGAUGCUUUAUACUACGAGACUUUCCAAGUACACUGCGCCUGCCACGCUUGCUGAUGCCACCGAGACUCUAUCGACACAUUAUAAUCUCGCUAAUAACCCGGAUAUUCUCCUCUCCCGUGCCGAAGCACUAUAUACACAAUGCCGAUUUGCUGAAGCUUUGGAGCUCAGCUCUUCGAUUCUCACAUCUCCUGAAACGGGCGGGGCGCUGAUCGAAUCGUCGGUAAUUCCCGGACAAAAUUUGGGACAUUCGCCCGCUGUAUAUCCUCUGCACCUUGCUUGUCUUUAUGAGACUGGAGCUGUCAAUGCGUUAUUUUUGCUAUCGCAUACUUUAGCAGACAAUGCACCAGAGGAGCCAUACACGUAUUUGGCCAUUGGUGUUUAUUAUUUAUCUGUGGCUAAGAUCGCUGAAGCACGACGUUUCUUUUCUAAAGCCUCACUACUAGAUCCUCAUUCGGCACCGGCUUGGAUCGGAUUUGCGCACACUUUUGCUGCUGAAGGAGAACAUGACCAGGCGAUCGCCGCUUACAGCACUGCAGCGCGACUAUUUCAGGGUAGUCACCUGCCCCAACUAUUCCUGGGAAUGCAGCAUCUAGCACUGAAUAACAUGUCUCUUGCGCAUGAGUAUUUAUGUGCGGCAUAUGCUAUGUCUUCAGGGUCUCCCUCGGGCUCCUUGACCACUAUCCCCAGCGUACCAUCUGGCGGACUACCGGCACUUGGCGGUGACCCUCUUGUCCUCAACGAAUUAGGCGUUGUGCUAUAUCACCAAGCAAAUCUGGAACCUGCUGCGGAUCUAUUCCGACAGGCGCUACUGCUGGCGGACUCACUACAAUGCGAUCCCGGUGCAUGGGUGGCCACACGGGCUAAUCUAGGACAUGCCCUACGACGUAUGGGCCAUUUGGAUGAAGCACUAGCUCAGUUUGAUGAAUGCAUAAGAGUUGGUGCCGGCGGUGGUGCGACUGGCUACAGUGCUGCAAUAGGAGGUGUCACUGCCACUUCGGCAGGAGUGGCCGGGUAUGAAGAUCGUGGGUUGAUCGGGUCGCUUCACACAUCACGCGGUCUGAUCUAUCUACAACAGGGGCGAACUCUGGAGGCCGUUACUGUGCUACACGAAGCUGUAAGGGUUCUUGGUGUAAGCGGUGGUGACGCAGCUGGCGGUGCGGGUAUCGCAGGCACUAUUCUAUCCAGAGCACUAGAACUAUGGUCAAUCGAAGGUCGCACAAAAGUCAUUGGACCCGGUACUGGACGCCAAAAGAGGGAUACACUCCCUCGGUCAAGAGACGAUCCUUUUGGAUCAAGCAUGACAGAUCCGAUCGUGCAUGGGGGCAACACAAUCGAAGACGAUGUUGAGAUGGAGCUUGACGAACAUGCAAAGGACCUCCUCGGCGCCGCUUUGAAUAAAGUCCGACCACGGCGCACAGGUAAAAGACCUCAGAGACCGGCGGCAUCAAUUGAUCUACCUCCUCAAGAUAUGGAGAUAGAGGAACCAAUUGGACGUAGUAAUAGAGGUGAAUCGCAACUACCUAGUCGACGCAGUCCAACACGCAGAGUACAGUCUCGACGUCCUGAUGGUGCUUGA